AUGCCCGCCUUCAAAAAACCUAUUCUCAUCUCGGCCCAAAUGGACUGCAGCGACUCGAACCGUGACGCAACAGAGCGCAGUCUCGACACGUUAACCGCCACGAUUGUCCUUCCGUCAAAAGGACAGGCGUCAAGUGGCCGGAAGGCCGGACAUUUUCCCGUACCACAUUCGCGUCUGAUUGCAGCUACCUACUCAUACACGGCAUAUUAG